CAACAACCAUGACAAAAUAUCACAAACAUUUCUAGCGCACUUCGACUUCUGCAUUUGAAUAUGGGGCGAAAUCAUCCAUUCAUUUUGUAUUUGAAGACUCUGUUGCUGUUCUUUCUUAUUGUGGGAAAGGUUCAACCUGCACCAUCAGAUGGUUGGAUCCAUGCACACGCAGAGGACAAACUCUUUAAAAAACUCUUUGUUGGGUACAAUAAGUGGUCGAGACCCGUGCAAAACAUCGGUGAUGUUGUUAUAGUCAAGUUUGGCCUCUCCAUCGCCCAGCUUAUUGAUGUGGAUGAGAAGAAUCAAAUGAUGACAACAAACGUUUGGCUGAAACAGGAAUGGAACGAUUAUAAACUGCGCUGGAACCCCUCUGAUUAUGAUAAUGUAAUGUCCAUUAGAGUCCCAUCAGAGAUGAUAUGGGUCCCUGACAUUGUCCUGUACAAUAAUGCCGAUGGCGAGUUUGCUGUGACUCACAUGACCAAAGCCCACCUCUUCUAUACGGGCAAGGUAAGCUGGGUUCCCCCUGCCAUCUACAAGAGUUCCUGCAGUAUUGACGUCACCUUCUUCCCAUUUGACCAACAAAACUGCAAGAUGAAAUUUGGUUCCUGGACCUAUGACAAGGCCAAGAUCGAUCUGGAGCAAAUCGAGAACACCGUGGACUUGAAGGACUACUGGGAGAGCGGGGAAUGGGCCAUCGUCAACGCUGUGGGAACCUAUAACACCAAAAAAUACGACUGUUGCCACGAGAUUUACCCAGACAUCACCUACUUCUUCAUCAUUCGGCGUUUGCCUCUUUUCUACACCAUUAACCUCAUCAUUCCAUGCCUGCUCAUCUCCUGCUUGACUGUUCUGGUAUUCUACCUGCCGUCAGACUGCGGAGAGAAGAUCACGUUGUGUAUUUCCGUCCUCCUUUCCCUCACCGUCUUCCUCCUCCUCAUCACGGAGAUCAUUCCUUCAACAUCUUUGGUCAUUCCACUCAUUGGCGAAUACCUUCUCUUCACCAUGAUCUUUGUCACACUCUCUAUCGUCAUCACCGUAUUUGUGCUGAAUGUCCACCAUCGUUCUCCAAGCACCCAUAAAAUGCCCCAUUGGGUAAAGUCGGUAUUCCUGGAUCUCAUCCCUCGCUGGCUUUUCAUGCGACGCCCUGAACCCAAUCAGAAUCACCAACGGUUGCUUGUUUUGCAGGAGAAGAACAAGGCUCCCAAUCUCAGCACGUCAAAAAGCUGGUUGCACCAGGAAACAGAUGUGGAUGGAAGGGGUUACCAGGACAUGGAGUUUGGAGUACCGAUGGAUAUUCCAACCUUCAUCUCUUCUCCAUCUGCCACAUCUCUUCAUUUGUCUGAGUCUGAGUCUUUACUCGAGAAGCUGGAGCUCCAACCAUUGGGACACAUGGUGAACCUCUGCCAGCAUCCAGCAAAGCUGACAAACCUUGCGUCCGACCCUAACAUAACCUUUUCACCAUGUAUCCUCAAAGCUUUGGAUGGGGUGCGGUAUAUCGCUGAUCACCUGCGUGCUGAGGAUGAAGACUUUUCUGUCAAGGAGGACUGGAAAUAUGUGGCGAUGGUGAUUGACCGUAUCUUCUUGUGGAUGUUCAUCAUUGUGUGCCUACUGGGGACCGUUGGUCUCUUCUUGCCUCCUUGGAUAUCAGGAAUGAUCUGA